AUGAAUAAUAAUCAUUAUUAUCGUCCAACAUUAACAGGUAAUAAGAAUAGAAGAAGAGUCCAAGAAACUAAUUUUGCUGCUAUAUUAAAAAUGCACUCAAACAAAAAUGCUAAUUUAAAAAGUUCUUUGCUCUUUCAUAGUAACUAUAACAAAAUAGCUAAAUAUAUUAGAUCCUAAAGAUAUUGAUACAUAGUUUAAUUUAAUUAAUAGAUCAAUUGAUGUACCUCGUUUAAAAGACAGAUCAGCUUCAAAAUAAAGGGUCAAAACUGAAAUAGUUAAACCAAAUAUAGAUGGUCAAUUUUAAAAUCAAAAAAUUGAUUAUACUACAGCAUAUUUUCCAAGAUUGAAAGAACGUAUAGCUUAAUCAUAAAAAAAAAUAUUUUAACAAGUAAUUAAAAAUAUAAAUAGAAAGCCCAAAAUGAUGAAAUUGAAGAUUCUCCAAUACAAGAUUUACAGAAGUCACUUGAUUACUCAAAUUAAGCAUAUAAGAUAAGAAAUCUUACUCCAAUAUAAUAAAGAACUUUAGAUAUACCAAAAUUUCAAAGUAAAUCAGAUCAUUUGAAUUAAGAAGAAAUUAUGCAAUUCUCUUUUGGACUUCAAUAUAAUAGGUAGAGUAUUGAGAAAUAAAAACCAAGAUUUCCAAAAGAUAUUUUUCUUGGGGAUGUUAGAAAAGUAAAAAGAAUUUUUUAAUAAUAAUGA